GAUUGUUGUUGUAUCAUAUGUUUGUUUUAUUUAUUCAUUUCAUCUGUCAAUUUCAAUUUAUUCUGUGAUCUGUUUGUGGUUUGGUACAUUUUGUGGUAUAUAUGUGACCUUUCAAUGUCGAGAAAGCUUAAUUCUCGUUCUUCGAUCUAGUUUAACAAAUUACUUGAGACUUUUAUGUAUGUAAAAUGUCCUAACGCUGUAUUGUUCUGCUAAAUAUUUAAUAUUUCAUAAAGAAGAAAAGUUGGUACCAUAUUAUGCUGCAACAGACAUAAUGAUUCGUCAGGGGAGCAUAGAUGAUAUUAAUGCUCAUCAGUUUUUAAAGAUUUCAAACUAUGAAGACACCGUAAGGCAGCUUGAUAUAUACUAUGCUAUUGUAAAAAGACAGCUAUUGAGAUUUCAAAGUCCAAUAACUGGUCUGUUUCCCGUCAUAUCAUCUGAUCUCCAUGUGGCCAGUGUGAGGGACAGUAUAUAUUGUGCAUCUGCAGUAUGGGGACUCUACCAGGCCUACAGACGUAUUGAUGAUGAUCGGGGAAAGUCUCAUGAGUUAGGCCAAAGUACAGUGAAAUGUAUGCGUGGCAUCCUUGAGUGUUGGGUGAAGCAGUCUGCAAGGGUGGAGGCUUUCAAGACACGACAGAGCGCAGCACACUCUCUCCAUGUUAAGUUCCACCUCACUACAGGCGAGCCUGUGCUGAGUGAUGAAGAGUAUCAUCACUUGCAGAUAGAUGUUGUGUCCUUGUACUUAUUAUUCCUCGUUCAGAUGAUUACUUCAGGGUUGCAGAUUAUUUAUACACAAGAUGAAGUAGCAUUUGUGCAAAAUUUAGUUUAUUAUGUGGAGCGUGCAUACAGAACUCCUGAUUAUGGAAUGUGGGAAAGAGGCUCUAAAUAUAAUGAUGGAAAACCUGAAAUUCAUGCUUCCUCUAUUGGUAUGGCCAAGGCUGCCUUGGAAGCAAUUAAUGGCUGCAACUUGUUUGGAGACAAGGGAGCAUCUUGGAGUGUAGUUUAUGUUGAUAUUGAUGCACACAAUAGAAACAGAAGUAUAUUUGAAACUAUGCUUCCAAGAGAAUCUAGUUCUAAAGGUGUAGAUGUCGCCCUACUACCCACCAUAUCAUUCCCAGCCUUUGCCACACAUGAAGAACAUUUAUUGCAAUUGACAAAAACAAACAUAUUACGGCGACUUAAGGGAAAAUAUGGUUUUAAGCGGUUCAGCCGUGAUGGAUACAAAUGUGUUCUUGAAGAUCCUAACAGGAGGUACUAUCAUGAAGGAGAAUUAAAGGAAUUUGAUGGCAUUGAGUCGGAAUGGCCUUUGUUUUAUGUCUUCAUGAUCAUUGAUGGCGUUUUUCGGACAUUACCUGAACAAGUGGAGGAAUAUCAGAAACUAUUGAAAAAUAGAAUUUACAUGGACGAAUUCGGAGAUCCUGUUAUUCCUUGGUAUUAUUACGUUCCGCGUGAGGGCAUCGACAAUGAGCGUAGUGAACCCAACUCAGUACGAAGGGUACCUGCAAAUCACCCGGCAGAUAAUGAAAAUAAAGACACAGGUGGAUUAUUUCUAUGGGCACAGUCGAUGUUCGUACUGGCGCAGUUAUUGACUGGCGGCUUGCUUCACGUGAACGAACUCGACCCCAUCCGCAGGUACCUGCCGUCUUACAACCGACCACGUCGCGCCGGGAGAUAUUCCGCUUUUCAGGGCAUAGCGACGGACCUAGUGGUGCAAGUGGUUCUAAUAGCUGAGUCAAUGCGCCUGCAAGCUAUGAUGGGCACCUAUGGCAUUCAGACUCAAACGCCGCAUGAAGUUGAACCGGUUCAAAUAUGCAGCUCGACGCAACUGGUACACGUGUAUAGAGAAUUAGGUGUAUGCCAAAAAUUGAAGCUCACCGGCCGACCAAUACGUCCUGUAGGAUCUUUAGGGACAAGUAAGAUUUACAGAGUUUGUGGAAUGACUGUUUUGUGCUAUCCACUAAUAUUUGAAGUAUCAGAAUUCUAUCUAUACCGAGACAUGGCGCUUCUCAUUGACGAUAUUAAAACAGAGCUACAGUUUGUCGGAAAAUACUGGCGACUGUCCGGCCGUCCGACAGUCUGCCUAUUGGUGCGAGAAGAACACAUGCGAGACCCGCACUUCAAGCAGAUGUUGGAUUUGUUCGCGAUGCUCAAGAAGGGCCACUGCGACGGUGUUAAAGUGCGCCUCGGACGUCUGCAAAACCUCAUCUCUAGCUCGUGCAUGGAACACUUGGACUUCAUGAGCCAAGGCGAGUUUCCCUCCGAGAUGUUCACCCAGUUCAAGCAAUUAGAACACGAGUACAUCGGCUACCAAUCACUUACUGAUGUCCCUCGUACCCUCACAUAUAAAGAGGACACAGUAUCUUACGAGUCGUACAAACACCGCUCUACUCCGGACAUUGUCAGCGCUUUGAGGGCGACUGAUAAUAUUUACGCUCAGUGCCAGUUGUGGGGCAUCCUCCUGGAAAGAGAAGGGCCUUUGUAUGAGGUUAACGGCGCAACCGCGUUGGACUCGCUGAAGAGUUUGUACCAGACAGCGGGCGUGCUGCGUCACUGGCGCGCUGUCAGAUAUUGUUCGUCAAGACUCAACCACACUGUGGACUCUAUCAGCCCUUUUAUCACUACCGUGCUGGUCAACGGGAAGCAAUUAAUGGUAGGCGUUAUCGGGCACAAGGAGACGGUGUUCGACAAGCCGAUGACGCCCGGCGAGAUCCAGUCCGUCAUGUACUCCACCAUACAGCCCUAUGACGUCAUCGGCGCCGUAUUGCAGCAGGAAAUAGUGCUAUAUUGCGGGCGUCUGAUAGGCACCAACCCGGACAUGUUCCGGGGCAUCCUCAAGAUCCGCGUGGGCUGGGUGCUGGAGGCCAUCCGGAUAUACCUGCAGCUGUUCCCGGACGAGAAACGACCGGACGCCACGCUAGAGAGCCUCUCGCCGUAUAAACUGAGGACGCUACUCAUAACUGUACUCACUGUGUCGGACUGGGCUGAUGAGAAAGGAUUGACACCAUUGCAACGAAGACAGCUAGAGGGCUGCCUGUGCAGAGUACCAAAGCACUUUUAUAUACAAGUGUGGGAUAUACUGCUUCGUACGCCGAAGGGUAUUAUAGUAAACGGCCACUCCAUCCCAGCAGAUCCGACGCUAGUGAACAUGUCACGAUCAGAAUUGUCUUUCGCGUUGUUAGUAGAAGAAGCGUUGGUUCGGAUCUCUCAGCCGGCGCGGCGCCAACUCUGCGUCGAAUUACUCUGUGUCGUCGCCACUAUACUGCGCCGUAAUCCAGAGCUUUGUUUACAAGAGCCGCUAGACUUGGACCGUUUGUUGGAUGAUGCGAAUUACACUUACGCAAAGGACAGCGGGCUGAGCGCGGAGCCGGGCGCGCUGGCGGCGGCGGCGGGCGGCGCGGCCGUGGGCAGCCUGGCGCGCGCCGUCGUCAACCGCGUGCUGCAGGCCGCCGCCGCCGCCGACCUCGUCUCCACCGCGCACCCCUCGUGCCUCGUCUCGUGAACUCUACUUCCUAGAUAUACAUACAGCGGAGUAAAACUUUCGGAAUCGACCGCCAUGAAGACUGAUCCGCAGACCGACGGUGUUUAUUGGAGAUUGUUUUUGUUAUAUUCUCUAACUAGUAGAAACUUUGAUGACAAACGUGUCAAACGUCAAACAAAUUUUUAUCAGUUCCUCCAGUCCUUCCAGUUAUUGUGGGUAGUAAGCACACAGUCGAUUUAGCAAAACCAAUAUUUAACUACCCAAAGCUGUGAGGGGCCAGGUGGAACUAUUCAAAAAAAGACAUGUAGAAUCUUUAUUAAAAUUUAGAAAUAUGUAUACAUUGUUAUCGUUCGUUAAAUUUUGAAGAUAAGGAAUUAUUGACGAUGAAUAUUUGUGAUAUAUAAUUUAAAAAUGUAUAAUGAAGUGAUAAUUUUUUUAAAAAACAGUAAUUGAAAGUAACACACUGAGUUAAGGCACUUUAAUUGGCAUAGUUCCUCUUAAUGAAUUUAUUUUACUGAAGUAUUAAAUUGUGCCAUGAGACAUAAAAAGCAAAUUGUCAUUAAUAUUCAGUAUAUUAUUUUAAUAACAAUAUAUUUUUUAUAUUUAAACAAAUAUUUAUUUAAGUAAUCAAGUAAAUAAAAGAAUUUUUUUUCCAAA